AUGCCAUGGCAAAAAGCGAUUUUGUUCAAGGCAAAGCUGAAGGCUCUAAUUCAAAAUGAAUUGUUGGAUGAUGCAAGUGCUGAUUCACUUGCGAGUUUGUUUCAGCAAGUGAUGGCGAAGAAUCGUGAAUAUGAGUAUGAUCAAAUCACAAAAAAACUACUCAAAGGUCCCAAAGGGCCCCCUGAAAUCAUCAAAGGUGAAGCACAUGAAGCUCCUAAAGCAAGUAAAAAGAAGCAUACUUACGUUCCACAAUCAACUGAUGCAGACUUCGAUAUGGAAGAGCCCACUGCAAGUAAAGAUUCAUCCGACGAUUUCUACAGCGGAAUACAUGACGUUGCCCAAAAGGCCAUCAAUACUCGAGCAUAUGUUAAGGGAAAAAAGACUUUGAAGCAGGUGGUGGAUGACCACGUUCGAAAUUAUCUUAACAAGCAAAGAGAGUUUAAGCGAGAGGAUUCAAUGCGAAGGCGUCAAGAAAUAGCUGAUAAAUUUGCUGAUGAAGAAGAACCCUCGAUUACUCGACAACUCUUUCAAGACUCGGAUGUUGAAAGCAGUGAUGACGAAGAAAUAAAGGAAGAGAAGAGAUUACGCAAGUUGAAUCCUGGGAUAAAAAAAGUAUAUACUGACGAUAUCAACAGCUACAAAAGCUCAUUUGCAAAUAAUUUGUACGAAAGUAUCCGACACAGAUUUGGUGAAGCUGUUGAGGCGCGCAAAGGCAAAGAAUACUUUGAAGACAAUGCUCCUAAAGCGCCUAGAAAGCAUAAAAUGAAACGAGAUGCUAUGAAUCAGUACAAAGCUGAAUUAAAAGGCUGGCUCGAUGGAAUCUUUAUCUAA